ACUAGUCAAGCUAUGAUCCCCGCCUACUCAGUGUCAGCACUGCGGCUGGCCUUUGACGAAAUAUCCACGGUCUUACCUGUCGCCAACCAGCUCGCCUGCCUCUUGAUACCCUUCCUGAUAAACCUCAUCAAUAACCUGAACAAUCUCUCCAACAUUGUACAGAACCUGACGCCAGCUCUACUGCCAUACUUCGGGUGUACCUUGCCACUCCUGUAUGCGACCCUGACUGACCUGGCAUCAGUUCUAUUUCUGUAUAUAAGUGUCCUGAUAUCCCUGUUCAGGUCAAAUGUCCUGGCAGCUCCAGGUCUCCUGUUAGGGCUCGUGUCUCAAGUCCUAAAUCUAGUGUUGGGUCUGUUGACUGGUCUCACAGAUGGCACCGGUCUGUUAUCUGGUCUGAUUAAGUUAAUAACGAAUGUUGUUGUUGAGUUGGAGAAGUUAUUGUUGUAAUUGGUUGUAUUGUAUUUAAGAAUAAAUUGUUAUUAUAUAAUUAUUUUUUCUUUUGCAUAAUUUUUUUCCUU